GCCGCCACGCCGCGCGCCAGUCUUCCGCGGGAACCUGUAGCGCAAAGUUCCGUGCAUUCGGCCGCCCUCUCUCUCGCUCUCGCAGUGCGAUCGGCGAUGUGCGAAUCGCCACCACCAGUGAGACAAGUGCCUCAGUGAAGUGUGCCAGUCGCCUGCUUCUGCAUUUUCGCGGGAGACUGCCAGGGACCCUGUCGUCUCCGCCGUGCGCCGAGAUUUCAGAGACUCUUGAGAUUCAGUGAGCCACGCCGCUGCCGCGUCGUCGCUGCCGUCAGAAGAGACCUGCUCCUCUUUGGACCCGUCCUCGUCAUUACUCUCGAGAUUUAAAAUGGGAGAAAAACGUGGAACCAAGGCUUUAGAAGUGUGGUGCAAAAGAGUGACGGAGGGCUACCCAGGAGUGAAAGUCGAGAACAUGACAACAUCAUGGCGUGAUGGCUUAGCAUUCUGCGCUCUGAUACAUCACUUCAGACCAGAUCUCAUUGAUUUUGACAGCUUGGACAAGCGAGAUGUCUAUCGCAAUAACGAGCUGGCUUUCAGAAUAGCUGAACGACAUUUGGGCAUUCCAGCUUUACUUGAUGCAGAGGACAUGGUGGAAUAUGAAGUCCCGGACAGAUUAUCCAUGCUGACAUACCUAUCACAGUUUUAUCAAACGUUUGUCAGCCAACAAGGACACUCUCCGAAUUCAAGAACACCUGUGAAGAGGUCUUCAGUGUCACCAAUGCUCUCAUCUUCACCUGAUUUGUCUCCCAGUAUGUCUCCCACAUCAUCAAGCCCUCCGACAAAGGUGGCGGCGAGGGGCGUGACAGUGGGAUCUUCUUCCCGGCCAGCCCACGACUCAUGCACACAUUGUGGAUUACCAGUAUUUCUGGCUGAAAGGCUCCUGGUAGGCUCAAAAAGAGCACUCUAUCAUCGCACUUGCUUCCGUUGUGCUCGUUGCUCGGCACAAUUAACACUUGCCAAUUGCUAUGAAACAGAAGAUGGUGGCUUUUGUUGUGAAACUUGCCCUGAUGAAGAAUUGGACAAAUCUGACACUUCCAGUCAAGGAACGGAUCGGAUUGAUUUUUCGGAUGGCAAAAGUGAAUCGUUGUGUAGUGCUGAAGUGAACCACAAAUCUUUCCAGCGAUCACUAAGUGACGAUGAGAAGACUGAAUCUCAACAAGCAAGAGCAGCCAAUUUUUCUGAUGAAUAUAGUGCUUUAUUUGAAUCUACUGUGGAAAGCAGCCAUAGGAAAAAAUCCGAAACAAACUCAAUUACUGAUAAAGCGUCCCUCGCCAUACCGCAAGAAGUGCCCAAUGAUCUCUUGAGCAAAUCUGAUGAAUCAUCUCAGAAGAGUUUGCAAAAUCCAAUUGUAUAUAGUAGAUGUAAUGAAGGUCCAACUGACAGUGAUCCAGUGGGCCAAUGUGAUGAGCUCUCAAUGUGUCAAUCAACCAAAGAAGGCACAGAACAUCUGCAUCAAGAUUUCGCAGAGUGUGAGAGGCCGUUGAGUGGCAUCAAACAAAAAGGUAUUGAGAGUGAUGCUCCAACGGAAGUUAAUGUAAAUAGCCCUAGUUUUAAUAGUGACUCUGGUGUUCACCAGUCUCCUAUCAGUGUCAGCACUGAGCAUAGUGAAGUGAAUAACUGUACCAAAGAUUCAAAAAUUUCCAGUGCUGGCAGCUCAGCUUCUUCUAUUGUUAAGAUGAGAAGGAUGUUGUUUGAAGGUGAUAAUACAAAUACAAAGGUCGAAAAUGUUACUCCCCUAAGAAAAUUGAAUAAGGUUAAAUCAGGAGAAGUGUGUAAUGUGGAAAUGGGAGAUGCUACACUAAUAGAUAAAAAAGUAGAAGUUGUCUUGGUUUCUGAAGACUGUGUAGUUUCAACCAAGGAUAGAAUAGCUGAGAAGGAUGAGAUAAGUGAUGGAAUUGUUCUGGAUAUUAAAGCAGACUGUGAACUUUCUAAAGGUGAGCUAGAAAGUAGCGUGCAUUCUGCUGAUGGCGAAAAGAUCCCUGCAGACAAGAUUGACAGAGAGGAGAAUCUUACUGUGAAGGGUGAAUUUGUAGCAAAGUUGCAAAAAGAUGUUGUUGAAAAAGAGGAGAAAGACACUGUUGCGCCAGAUUUCUCAGCAAGUGUUAAACCAUCAGUGAGUCCCAGAAAGACGUCUCUACCCCACAAGCAUCCAGAUAAGGUGCCAUUGCAAGAAGAAAAAGAAGAAUAUCCUGUUGAACUAAACCCAUUUGGAGACGAGGAUGAAGAAGAGGCAGCUCAAACAGUGCCGAAAGUUGUGAAGGUUGAAAGCAACAAUCCCUUUGGCUCAAGCGAUGAAGAAGAUGAAGAAGUGGUUUUAAGGAAAAAGUCCGUUCCUGAAAAGCCUCCAAGGCCUCCACCACCACUUACAAAUUUGCAGUCUGGUCGUCCUGCUACGAUGGCUACAGUUCCCUCAGUGUCUCCAGUACCUGCUCAGAGAAGAGUUAUUCCUGCACCUGUCAGCCUGAAUCCAUUCUGGAGUGAUGGGGAGGAACCAGAAGAUGACAGUGCUUCUACACCUGUGCCAUUACCAAGGAUGACAGUAAGUAGAUUAACUCCUGAACCGAGUCCAAGGCCUCGCACAACCAUAGGCACUCCUCAAAAAUUAUUGAACAGUUCGGGAAAGUUUGGAUCAUCAUCUUCGCUAACAAGCAUGGUGUCAAAUACUGGUACUCAUCGAAGAAGCAAGAAGCCUGCUCCAGCACCGCCUUCAUUGACAGCAGAUAGUUCUUCCUAUAGAGGCUCUCUUCCUCCAUCUCCUAAUCCUAGUAUUCGAUCUCCUCACAAACGGAAAACAAGGCCUGCCCCACAACCACCAACAGCUUUAGGAACCGCAGAAAAAACUGCCUCACUGGAUGGGCGAAAAUUACAGAAAGAUGAGGCAAACCGGAAUACUCAAGCCACUGAUAAGGAAGAACCUUCUCUGCCUCGAGACAAGAGUACUUUUGGACAAUGGAAACGAAAGAAGGGUCCAGCUCCUCCAAGGCCAGUACCGCAGAGGAGACAGGUGCGUGCGAUGCCAAUAAAAGAAUUGCGUAGGGAACUGGAUGAUAUUGAAAUAAAACAGCUUGAACUGGAGAGACAGGGUGUAAAACUAGAGCAAACUAUUAGAGGCAAGUUUGAUGAAGCUCCCUCUUUAAAUGAAUCAAGCAUGACACCUGAUGUUGAAGAUCUAGUUAUUCAGCUGUUCGAGCUUGUCAAUGAGAAAAAUGAGCUGUUUAGGAAACAAGCAGAACUUAUGUACCUGAGACGACAGCAUCGCUUAGAAGAAGAGCAUGCUGAGCUGGAAUAUCAAAUAAGGUGCUUAAUGGAACAGCCAGAACGCAACAAAACAGAUAUUAUGAAAGCCAGAGAAGAGGAGCUUAUCCAGAGGCUUGUGGAAGUUGUGGAACGUAGAAACGAAAUUAUUGAGUGCCUUGAAAUGGACCGUCUAAGGGAAGCAGAAGAAGACCAAAGUAUUCAUACCCGUCUGGGAUUGUUUGCAGCUAAAAAUACAGCAGACCUGCAACAAACGUCACCAUCAAAGAGUAAGAAAGAAAAGAAGAAGAAGAAGGAGAAGGAUAGUAAAAAGAAGAAAGUUGAUGCAGACAAGGACAUUGAUGAAGUUGAAGCUGCCGCAGCAGCUGCUGUGAAAGAAAAGAAAAGUAAAAAGAAAUGGUUUUAGUGCUAAGUGUUAGCUGAAAUCACCUUUUUUUUCAUUUGCCAGAUAGCCAAUGUCUGGUAGUGCCAGAAGUGGUCUAGUCUUAGUACGUUCAGGAAGUUUUCAUUUUCAUCUCAACCCUGUAACUCUUCCUCAUUUCGCUUUGUUUGAUCAUGAAAAGUGGUGGAAUGCCUGUCAUUAGCCUGGAGUAAUGACAUUCCCACUUAUGUAUGUUCAAGUAUUUUACGUUGCCUUCAUUCUCUUUGCCUUGCCCCCACAUUUUGGGAGUCCUCACAAUACACAGUUGCACUCUCCUUUUAAUCUAAAUCUAUAAUCUAAUUGUUUAGUUUGUGCAUAUGUAAUUUUUUUCAAUGGAGCAAUCGACCACUUUUCUGUGUUACCCUAUAAACUCUCAGAUAAAACAGUUACUGUAGUUUUAAUUUGAGAGACACCAUUUCAUGUUCAUCUUGUACUACAUUCCUGUAUUCCAUCACCUAUGAAGUUUGUAUGUAUCAUUAUUUUUGUUUGUGACAAUUUUGUAUCUUCUUUAUGUCUUUUAGUUAUAUUUCAACUCUGAUUUUGUGUUAGGUAAUAAUGAUAGAUUCAUUGUUACAUACAAAAAGACUGAUUUGGUAAUAAAUUUACUACUAUACACCAGUGUACUCACUGUAAGUUUAAAGAAAUAAAGAGUAGUUCUGUACUGUUAAUUUGAAA